AUGGAAGGUAUCAGAGAUGGUGAGAGUAAGAACCUGCUUAGCCAGAAGCUCAGGGUUUCGCAGAAAAAUAAUCUCGGGGAGCGUUUUUACAGAGGGAUGAAAUAUUUUGUGGUGGAUAAUUGGAAGAGUAUGGUGAUGGCUCUAUGGAUACGUGCUAUUGUUGGGCUCUUCACGUGGAAGGUCAUCGAUUAUCGGAGAAGAUCUGCUUACCAAGCUAUGGAAAAUUGUGUUUGUAUAGCUAAAGGAGCUGCAGAGACGCUUAUAGAAACACCAUCACUUGGCUCCGGACAAAAACCACGGCAGUUGAUGGUGUUAGACGAGAGCAGAACAAACAAUUCCGCUCCCACCGGAGCAGCUCCUACGAAAGCAAACAAUUCAGCUCCGAUUGGAGCAGCUCAUACGGGAGCACCACGAACCGAAUCUGAACCAGAUCUCGUUGAUCUCAACCCUGAUGCACCGGCCGUCGCGCCCGCAUCAAUAAAUAAAACCACUGGCGCACCUGCGCCAACUGGACGAGCUACCGUUGCAUAUGCAUCAACAGCUCAGACCAGAUCCAGCAAUGCGAACCCAAGCACCGACAACUCCGUCAGAGGUAACCCAUUCACCUGGGUGCGAGCUGAAGGCCGAUCUGAAGAUCACAUGCACUUCAACUGGCCGUGGCGCCCUAGAUCUAAUUUGUUCGGGCAAACAAGAACUGAUCCGAACGAAACAACAGAAAUUCGGAGGAUGCUCGAUCUCCUGCUUGAGAAAGCUCAAAAUCAGGAAGCAGCCGUCCAGGCAUUGAUCCAAACAUCCAUCGAAGCCCAACUAGCAAACAUUCGAGCUACCGUCGAACGAACUACACCGCCAUCAUUGCACCGUAGUACGAAUUUCGAACAAAGAACUGAGCCUGAGAGAACUCUGAUACAAGGAACUCGACUCCGAUUCUCUCCGGUCUCAGAACAUCUCACACUGCCGGAGCUCACAACAAUUUUGGUCGACGACCCCCGACUUCAGAUCUAG